AAUUGAAAGGAAUAGUGUUUUAACAACAAAUUGUAUAUCAUAUCUCUCGUUUGAACCAUAAUGAAGAAAUUGGUUUGAAGAGCGAGGCUUCGUUAGUUCUUCAUGUAUGUUUACGUCGUCAUUUUGAAGGUUUUUAACCUCCUCCGUUGCUGCGCUGCACGGACAACUUAAGCCUAUCUGAGCUUCCGCCAGCGGCGAUGAACGUUGGUGAUGCGUCAAAGCGAUCAAACCGGACUUAUAUUGUAUCUUUUUAACGUUUUGAACAAGUAGGUGAACACCCGGAUAACUUCACGAUCUCACAUGUAGCUUCAAGGACACGCAUUUGCAACAAAACACACCAUGCCAAAGAGAAGGCGCCAGCUGAAGAGCACGAGCUCGGAAGAUUCUCGCUCGGAUGAGAGUGAGAUGGAGCCGCCCCACGUUGUGACGCGGGGCCAGUCACGCAAGUCUUCGGUCACGAGCGCCACUGUCCCUGCCGUCAAGGGUGGUACCCCCAUCUCUGGUUUUCCGUCGGGCAGUGCUGCUGCCACUAGUAACGGUGCAGUGUCCACGACACCAGUAACACCUCCGCGUACCCCUUCCAAGGAGCCCUCUGAAGCAGGGGAAGUACCGAACAAGCGGCUGCGACAGGUGCGGUCGCGCCUGUCCUCAGAGCCCCUGUGCAGCGUAUGCUCCCAGGCACUGCUCGAGAGCCGUCGCAGCCCGCCCGCGCAGCUAAUAUCCUGCUCCCAAUGCGAGACGUGCGCUCACCCAUUUUGCCUGGGCCUCUCCGAGGAAGCAGCCAAAGUGGUCACCACCUACGACUGGAAGUGCCACCGGUGUCGAGUAUGCGAGACAUGCCACCAGCCAGAAUCACCCAGUGCCCUUUUUGUGCUGUGCAAGAACUGUGAUCGAUGCUUCCACCAGAACUGCCUCCCUUCUCAAGCGCUCACAAAGUCCUGUUUAGAAAAGUGUGGCCGCUGCAGUGAAACCACCACCGAGGCACCAGCAACCAUUGGUGCGAUGGCCGAGGCUUCGGAAGAAGAAAAGAAUGGUGUCAGCAACUCGCCGCCAUCCACCCCCAAGCGGCCAAGGAUGACAAGGCAUGCACACCGCGGAAAUCACCAAAAUCAGAACCAAUGCCAGAAUGAACCAAUGCACCAAGAUGUAGUGGCCCCGUGCACACCUCAGAAGACCUCUAGUCCACGCAGCCUCGGCACAAAGGCACCCGAUGCCAGCAAUGACGUUGAUGUGACACCACCAAAGCGUGGUCGACCGAAGGGCAAAACUGGCAGCAAGGACUCCACAGCCGAACUGUCGCCAGUUGGCAGCCCCGAAGGGAGCCCGCGGCGCCGAGCUGCCAAGGGCCGGCUGCCGGCCAAGAAUGGUCGAGGGGCGGCACGCAGCAUCCUUCGCGAAAUGCCUGCUGCCAAUGGCCAGUCCCCACGGGAAGGAGACGAACCCCACUGCACCGUGACAGGCUGCGACUCCAAGGGUCACCUAAGUGGCAGGUUUCCAUCACAUGCCACAGUAGAGUGCUGCCCACUGUAUCACAACACUACAGCUGCCGACUGUGAGGAGCAGUACCGGGCACGGACCAAGAAGAAGGUGGAACGCCAGCAGCAGAUAAACCGGCAGAUCAACCUCAAAAAGCCCGUUCAGACUCCUGAGCAGAAGGAACGCUACCAAAAGAUCUUGGAACAGCGAAAAGAGAAGAUGUCCCCAAGAACAAGGUCCAGAGGCAUGCUUGAUUCCAACCAUGAACCAGACCUCAGUAGCCUGGCUCCUGUGUACGACCUGGAGAUGUUUCGGGAAGCCCAAGCCAAAGCAGCAGAGGAAAUGGAGCAUCAGCGAGCGGCAUCGCUGUUGUCAUCCCCUCCCCCACGCUCGUCCUCUGGCAGCCACGGUAGCAACAACAGGCACCACAACAACCAUCACCAUCAGCAGGGCAUUCGAGUGCUGGAGAUGGGCCGGUACGAGAUGGACGUCUGGUACAGCUCCCCUUACCCGGAGGAGUACCAGGCACUGCCCAAAUUGUACCUGUGCCAGUUCUGCCUCAAGUACAUGGGCAGCCCCACCAUCCUGCGACGACACACCGCAAAGUGUGUGUGGCGGCACCCACCAGGUGAUGAAAUCUACCGCAAGGGCAACAUCUCUUUCUUUGAGGUGGAUGGUGCCAAAAACAAGGCCUACUGCCAGAACCUGUGCCUGCUCGCUAAACUCUUUCUCGACCACAAGACCCUCUACUUCGACGUUGAGCCCUUCCUUUUCUACGUGAUGACCGAUGCUGAUGCUGAAGGAUGUCACAUCGUUGGAUACUUCUCCAAGGAGAAAAACUCGUUCCUCAACUACAAUGUGUCCUGCAUCUUGACGCUACCGCCAUACCAACGGCAAGGUUAUGGAAGGAUGCUCAUUGACUUCAGUUACCUGCUCAGCAAAGUAGAAGGCAAAGUGGGAUCCCCAGAGAAGCCUCUGUCGGAUCUGGGUCUGAUCUCGUAUCGGAGUUAUUGGAAGAGCGUCGUCCUGGACUAUCUCCGACGCUUUCAGGGAAAGGAGAUAUCCAUCAAGGAUCUGAGCCAAGAAACAGCUGUAAGUGCAUAUGACAUUGUCAGCACAUUACAGUCCUUGGGGAUGCUGAAGUACUGGAAAGGGAAACACCUUGUGCUUAGAAACUACGUAAACACUGAGACGCCCGAGAGUUCCUCCUCCAAAGUCAAAAAGGUUCGGCAUGACCGCACCUUGGAUCCUGAGUGCCUCCGAUGGAAACCGUACACAAUGCCCAAUCGAUAGUGCUAUGCCGACAAGGACCAAGCAUACGCCAAAAGCAAAAAAACAAAAAGCCAGCCAGCCAAACUUGCUGGGAUACACUGGUGUGGACAGUAAAAGCAGCACGAGGCAGAGGAUUUGUCUACGAAAAUGGAAGCAUAGGCGCAGUAACAGCCUGCCGCACAAACUACCUGCCAGCUCAGGCUGUGAGCAUCGUUAGUGUUGCACGUGUGAUUGCCUCUUUGGAACAUUCGGGUUCUUAUGCCUCUGCUCUGCACCGACGUGUGGGGGGUUGCGCGCAGUUCGUAGCACAUUACCCUUUUUAAGCAUUUUACGCCUUGUGGUGCGCUCUCGUCACGCAGCAGUAACUACGCGGAUGUACGCAAUACUUGCGUGCAUCUGCUCUUGGGCAUCAAAAGCACACUAGUUUACGACCAGUAACUUGUGGUGCCUAACACAACUGGACACAAAAGGGGCAUGCACUGGAAGUUGCCGGAACAGUGUGCCCUUAAAUGAUGGGUAAUGUCGUUGCGGAGCAAAAGUACACCUUAAAAUGUGCAUAUUUCCAUAACGGAUGAGGGUUCCGAGGCUAAAACAAUCCACUGUGGUGCCCAAGACUGGGCAGGAGAUUUGGCUGUGAAUAUUGAUACACACCAUGCAAGUUGAUGUGUCGUGAAAUAUUUAUGUGUGCUGUGCAAAUUGAUGGUUUGGGCUGCAGUUGCUAAGGGCUAGCACUACCACAAGUUCAGUGUGUCUUCAAGAAAGUCAGGAUGCCCGCACUUGUGUCUCACAGUGAUGUGCACAGUGGCAGUUACGUGCAGUUUGCUGCAUACAAGCGAGGAGUCUUGAAGCUAAAGGUACUAAGAGCUGUGGUGCUCGAUGCUAGUGGUUAUCAGAGCAAAUUUUAUCAAUAAAGGACCAUAGGUGGCCAGGUGUCACUGGAUGACUAGGUAUUAGUCAGUUGAUGCUUUUCUGUUUAACAGUCAAUGAGCACUAGCUGAGCUGUGGUAUUGCUGGUUAACUGUUGUUACUUUACCAGCACCAUCAUGUGUUUUCUGCAAGUUCAUUGGACAGUGCUACCUGCAGGUAAUUUUUUUUUUCACGGAUAAAUGUGUCGGUGUGUAUGUAUGUAUGUGUCAAUGAUGAAUUCUUCAACAAAGUGCAGUUUUAGGCACUCGGGAGUGUAGAGGAAGGUUUUGAGAAUGAAAUCUGGUAGUGGACCCUCUUUUAGCGUCGUAUACCAUGCCUUUAAGUAUAUUUGUUCGUCAUCCUAUGAACAGAGCUGUAUUAGCAUCAAAAGAAGAGUGAAAUGGUCUGUAGACUUUUCAUCUGAUCAGGAAAUUCAACUUCAGAAAGUUUUUUUUUUAAUAGGAUGCUAAAGGAGGCUUGUUGGUCAUUUGUAACUGUUUUUUGUACUUGACAUAUCACACAAACAAGGGAAAAAGACUCUUUCUCGCUCUCAGUUUUCCUGUUAAUGUAUUGUAUUUGUUGUGAGGAAAGAAAGCUUGAAAGGGAGUUUGUAUGUGUAUGUGUAGCUUUGUGAAAAACGUCCAAUUGCGAGUGUGUCUUUUGUUGUAAUGUGCUACUGAAGUUCUUUGAGCACAAGGCGUGGUUGCACAUUUCCAGCAACGUGCAAGUAGUGCACGUUUUAAUAUAUGUCGCCAUGUUAAACAUGUUUUACCACCAACUUCUGCUGCUUAGCUUCCUAGAAUAUUACUAGCCAGUGUUACUGCAACAUGAAUUUCACAUUGCCAUGUGCAUUUCACACCUAGCAGAGGUUCCAAUAGCAGAAGCCCAGUGAAGGUGUCUCAAAAUAUUUUGACAUGCCAUAAGCGUAAAUUCCGCGAGGGACUUACAAGAGAGAGCAAAAUAGAUGCUUUCCUGUGGAUUCUUUUAUUUGCAUAGUUCUGUCAACAACUUUUCUCAAGAUUACCUAAGCCUAAUGGUCAGUCCUGGUUUGUUUUGCAGUUCCGAAAAGCCUAGCAGGUUCAUAUAUAUAUAUUUUUAAAUUUUAAUAUGCAUGCGAAGACCAAACUGGCUGGAACACUUCAUUCCUCAGACAUCACAUCUGUAAGAGUUCCCAUUAUGUUAGUUUAUGCUCCCAUACUACCAGCACUUGUGUGCUCUGUCGUUGCAGUUGCCAGUUCAAGCUGGAUAAUGCGCUGCUAGGCAGUUGCAAGUUCAGCACAAAAAAAAAAAGAAACCCUUGGAGGGCACCGAGUGCUUCCUUUAAGGAAAAUGUACCUGUUAUGUUGCUAGCCAUGCUCAUUUUCUGCCAAGUUGCUCCAACCACAUCUCAUCCAAUUAGCAUCAACAGCAAAACUAAGGCAAUUCCUGGUGAAUUAAUGUAAAUUACAAAAAGAAAAGGCUUGGCAUAAGUACCAACAGGGGGGGCAUAUUUUUCUUGAUCUCGCAGUUGGAAUUCCGUGCACAAAACGGGUUGCACAUGUAAAGUAGUUUUCAGGGCUGCGACCCUAAUGGGAGACUGCGCUCAUGUAAUGUUAAUGAUUUGCUUUAGAAGCUGACAAGAAUGCGAUACUGGCGCACCAGAAUUCUCUGCAGUUUUCCUACACUUUUGCUUCACGUGCUCAUAUAUUGUUUUCAUAUUUCUUUUUCACUGUCUUAUGAGCAAGAUUGCGAAGAACCACUUCUCUGUGCUAUUGUGGUUCUGUCUUUUUAUGUGAAGUUUAUUCUGCUUGCAACGACUGUUUUAGAGCUAUCAAUCUAGUAUGUUGCAAGACAAAUUGCGUUUAUUUAUUUAAAUUCACUUGUUAUGAAAAUUGCAAAUGGAUUGCAGAGGCCAUUGCGUAUAGUCAGCUAAAUGCACACCAAGCUGAUUUCAUUGCCUGCCGUUGUUGUGCUCUGUGUUUUGACGAACUAUAGUGGGCCUCCGGUGUUACUAAGACUUCGUGCCGUUACAUCCAUUUGACGUCACUGCUAACGUCUUCAAAUUUGUUUUGUUCCAGCACUGCAAUAGUUUCCUUCUCUCUUAUAUAGAUUCUCUGUAUUGAUGGAUGUGCGACAACUAGAUUGUACGCAUUGUACAGGUUUUUAUGUGCCCAGGUAACCUUAGUUUUCGAGCUCUUCAUGAAAGUCAAUGAAAUACUAAGCAUGCACCUUUUGGUGGCAUACUUUAAUGUUCUUGUCAAGUAUAUCUGCUAUUGCAGUAAUGAAAAUGUUGAACUGCCUAGUUUUCACUCAAAUCUUGGCAUGAAAUCAUCCACAUGGAUCUGACCUGAAUAUAGCAACUACAACGGGCAAACUCCUGAUACGAAUGGACUGAACCUGGAUGUAGUGGUAGUUUUUGUCAAGAUGAAUGAACUGGAUGUGGGGACGUGGUAAGACGACAAUUGUUCAAGUAGCUCCGUGCAGUUCGUUCCCACCCUCCUGUUUUCUUGUGCUUAGCAUUUUUCCCGCAUAUUGUUUGUGUUUUGUGAGUGUGGUUGUUGACCGAGUGCAAAACAGAACCUUGUUGUAUCAUCACUGGUUUGAUGAGUUUAGUUGCUCCUGUGUUUGUGUGCCAAGGCUGUUUUAUAGAAUGGCUGAUGUGGCCAUUUAAGAAAAAACUUUUAUUCAUUCCUGGAUGUGUUUGUUUUAGAGAUGAAAUGUUUUAAUGAGAUCUAUGUAUGAGAAUAAAAAACGUUUUUAAGUCAGA